GAUCAAAUGUCCUCGCUCUUCUAACUAUGAGCCCACCAUGUUCACGCAUCUGAUCCUCCUCUUCCUCCUCCUGCUCCUCCCCUUCCUCCUCUUCUACCUCCUCGACCGAUCCCGCCACUUCCGCUACCAACAGUAUGCCGCCUGGCCCCAACUCCCGCCGUCCCUCGUCUGGGGACACAUGAAAGCGAUGCAUGAGUUUAUUUCCCGGGGAGACGCGAAGCGACACAUCGACAUCGUAUUCCUCGAGAUCCGGAAAUACAUGGGCAAUCCUCCGCUCAUGUUCUUCGACCUGCGGCCUUUGCAGCAACCGCUGUGCGUGGUCGGGAGCCAUGAGAUCGCGGAGCAGAUCUCCAAGAGUACCAAGGCCUUCCCGUACAGCAUGUCCAAGUCCCCCACGAUGUGGCAGCUCGCGCCGUUACUGGGCCCGCAUUCGAUUCUUACCGCGGAGGGAGAGCAAUGGAAGGCGCUUCGCAAGCGGUUUAACUCUGGCUUUGCGCAUCAUCAUCUCAUGACUCUCCUACCCUGUAUUCUCGACAAGGCGGGCCGGUUUGUUGAGAUUCUGGAUGGAUACGCUCGCAGCGGCGAGGAGUUCGCGUUGGAUGAGCCAUGCGUGAGCUUGACUUUCGAUAUCAUCGGCGCAGUAACGAUGGACACGGAUCUCCGCGCCCAGCUUGGCCCCGAACAACAAAGCGAGAUCGUCUGCCUCUACCGCCAGCUAACAAGCACCUACCAGAGAGACGCUGGCAACUCCAUACGAUGGGACUUCCUAAACCUCGGCGUAAAACGGGAGCGACGAGCACUGGCUCGCCGAAUCGACACCCUUAUUACCGAUCACAUCCAGGCAAAGUUCACGGAGUACAAGGCCCAAUCCGACGAUAAACCAGCCCGGAGCAUUCUUUCGCUGAGUCUGCAGGAUGUCGAACAUCUGGAUGCGCAGGUCCUCCAAGAAACGUGCGAUCAGCUCAAAAGCUUCCUUUUCGCUGGCCAUGAUACCACGAGUAUAGUGCUGCAAUGGACAUUCUACGAGCUUAGUCGAACCCCACGUGUACUGGAUAUGCUUCGUCGCGAGCUGGACGAGAUCUUCGGGGCCGGGACCUCUGCGGCGGUCGUUCAGGAGAAGCUGCUGGCGCCGGGAGGGGGUGAUAUUCUUCGACAGAUGUCGUAUACUUCUGCAGUGAUCAAGGAGAUCCUGCGGCUGUAUCCGCCCUCCGGGACCGCGAGGUAUAUGCCCCCAGGCAAGGGGUUCACUGUGCAGUUGCCGGACGGGAGCCCGCUCUGUCUGGAUGGGGUGAUCAUAUACAGCUGCGCGACGUUGGUUCACCGAGAUGAGGCUGUCUACGGCCCCACGAAAGAUGAGUUCGUCCCGGAACGUUGGCUGGGGGAUACAGAUACCGGUCCGGGUCUGAUGGAUGAAAAGCGCAACGGGCCGGAUGCGACGGGUCAAAUCCCUGUCAGUGCGUGGCGGGCGUUUGAGCGUGGCCCGCGGAAUUGCAUCGGGCAGGAGCUGGCGAAUAUCGAGGCUCGGGUGAUUCUCGCGUGCACGGCGAGACGGUUCGACUUUGAGAAGAUGGGGCAGGGGGCACUUGCCCGGGAUGCGAGUGGGGAGCCUAUUCUGAACGCCAGGGGACAGUAUGAGGUUGAAUCAGAGCUGUUCAACACUAUGAAGGUCACCGCGAAGCCGGUGGAUGGGACGAGGAUGAAGGUUCGACUUGCUGCGACGUCUGGUUGAGUUAUAUUUGGUAGGGUGAUCAACAGAGAAUAUGACAUGAUCAGUCGCGACCUUGUACUGAUAGGUCUUGUCACCGAUAUCUGUGAUCUGUGGCAAUGGGAACAAGAAAUGACACCCUAUAUCCAUGAAGCCCUUGAUGUUGAAAGUGCAAAGAAAAGCAUGAUGUAUUUAUAUGGACUAUCCCCAAAAGUCCUUUAGGGUGCUCCGUUGGGUGUUCAAUCUGUAGGGCAGAUGUUGUUAUUAAUAGCAUGGUCUUUAGACACCA